AUGCUUCGGCUGUUACCACCGGGCAUUGUGAACACAGUGCUCAGAAUUGCUGCGACUUGGGGUAUUCUGGCCGGUGCAUUUGGCCUGUUGAAAUUGGGCUACUUGAUCCUUACAGUUGAUGCUGUUGUUACUCUUCUUUUGACUUUUCUGUACACACACCUGAACUCCGAUGCCAAGAUCACAUCUGGCAAGAGUCUUGCACCUCAGCUAGCGGCAGCAGAGCCGAAUGAGCUGGAAGAAACCAAAGAGCCUAGAGGCAGCCCCACAGAUACAAGUCCUAACACAAUCGAUGGGGAACCUAACGUUAUUGGGUGCGCGGUUGGUUGGCGUGAGGAUGAAGAGCUCUAUGCCCGAUGCCUCGAGAGCCUGCAGAGUACACAAAGCUGUACCACGGUUGUAGCAGGUAUCGACGGCGAUGAGGCUGAAGAUGAGCGGAUGAUCAAUGUUUUCCACACGGUCUUUCCUGAUGGGGUCGUGUUUCGCAUGGCUCAACCUCUCUCCGACACGCUAGAACAUCUAGCGGCUUUAAGCGAUGUCGACCUGCUCCACGAUGAAGCUGGACAAGCAGCUAUCAUGGAUCGUCUACGGAGUCAUGUCUUGGACCUCCUUACCGAAGAGCUACUUCCGAAUCACCCACGCGAUAUUGGAGCCAUAUGCAUUGUUCAACCACAUCGAUCAAAGAAGGAUAUCUUGUUCACAACCCUAGUCGUCGGAACAGUCCUUGCUCAGGCACAGUCUACCGAUCUCAUCUUCAGCACUGACUCUGACUCGACCGUAUCUCCAGACGCCAUACCCAAGAUGGCGAGGAAGCUCAGCAGCGACACGAAUAUUGGUGGGGUUUCGGGCCAUAUGCGGUUCUUCCACCCCAAUCCUACCUUCAUCACCAAGAUUGCGACGUCAUAUUAUUGGUUCCAGCAAGACGUCUACAAGAUACAAGGGGCGAUGUUUGGAACCAACGAAUGCCAACCAGGCCCAGUUGGUGCUUUCCGAGCGUCUGCGCUGAACAAGAUUUUGGUCCCGUGGUAUUGUCAGCGGGUGUUGGGACGGAAAAUGAUCACAAAUGAAGACAGACACUUGACGACGCGACUCCUCUGGGCGGGUUACGACGUGCACCAUGUACCAGACGCCGUCGUCUACACCGACACGCCUGAUACCUUCUCGGCCUGGGUCAAGCAGCAGGUUCGCUGGUCCAGAGGCACCAUGAUCGAGACAAUAUGGUACCCUGGCAUGGUCGGGCGCCUGUCUCCGUGGCACAUCUUCACCAUCCUCAAGUCGCGGCUGAUACCGAUCCUCAUCUUCUGCAUGGCCGUCAGCUCCGCUUUGACGGGCCGGAGCCUGGUGGGCGGCAUCCUGGACCGCGCCGUUGCUGACAUGGUCUUAUCAGUAGACGUGUUCUGCUGCCUCUCACUGCAGGUGGCGUAUCUCGUCUUCCUUGGGCCAAAUGAUACUCUUGUGCAAGACCUAAUCUGGCUUGUUCCCGCGCUUGUGUGGUUCCUGGUACUAUCACCUGGCAUCAUUGUUUGGUCGCUCAUUACCGUCUUGGAUGGCUCUUGGGGCACGCAACCUCGUGCUGUGUCAAAGGAGGCAUCUGGUGGGUCUAAUAAAUCUAAUCUUCGCAAGAUCUCAAAUGAGGUGUUGUUUGUUUUGUCAUGGCUGGUGGUAUUUCUUGUGGCGGUUCUUCGAAACUACUACCGCAAAGCCAUGGCAAUGUAG